AUUCACCCGACAAACGUAAUUUUCUUCCUCGUAGGAUUAACCUUUUAAUCUGUUCUUAGAAGAAAAACGGUACAAUUAUAUUGGCAUUUAGCAGAAAGCCGUCAACUUUCGGAAUAAAUCUCUUUUUUAAUGAAAAUAUGGCGUCGUCCAAUACACUUGUUGUAGCUAUAGACUUUGGAACGACUUACAGCGGUUAUGCAUACUCGUUUAAAUCAGACACGACAAAUGUUAAAACGGUCAACAAAUGGUCAAGUAAACUAGACUCCCAAAAAACACCUACAAGUGUUCUUUUGACACCAGAGCGAAAACUCCACUCAUUUGGAUACGACGCGGAGGAACACUAUGCAGAUUUGUUAGAAGAUGACGAGGCAGAAAACUGGGCACUAUUUAGAAGGAUCAAGAUGGUGUUGUAUGGGAAAAAGGAGUUGUCAGAGCAAACUGAAAUAUGGGACGUCACAGAUACUGUCAACAUGCCGGCAAUGGAAAUUUUCUCGAUGGCUAUCAAAUUCUUGAAAGACCACGCAAUUGAGACGGUGAAAAAUCCAAGAAACACCGGAAAGGAAGGAAAGAAUCUCACAGAAUCAGACAUUUACUUUAUUCUCACCGUUCCUGCAAUAUGGGAUGAUAGCGCACGACUUUUUAUGAGGAAAGCCGCUGUGCGUGCAGGUAUUCCCGAAGCCAAGCUGGGACUAGCUUUGGAAUCUGAGGCGGCAUCUAUCUGGUGUCAGAAUAUUCCUCUUGUAGUCAGCAAAGGACAGAAUAACGACCUGUCAACUAUUGGAGCCAAAUAUAUGGUCGUAGACAUAGGAGGUGGGACUGCCGACAUCACUGUCCAUGAAAAACAGUCAGAUGGAAAGCUUCGUGAAUUGUGCUGGGCAAGUGGGGGAGACUGGGGAGGCACCAAGGUCGAUGAAGAAUUCCUUCGUAUGUUGGAAGGCCUCAUGGGGAAAGCAGCUGUAGAACGUUUCAAGAGAGAAUGUAUGGCAGAUUUGUUCGACCUUUUACGUCAGUUUGAAAUGGUUAAGAGAACGACAGAUCCAAAGUUAGACGGAAAACUGAAAAUACGCCUGCCGGAAUCGUUACGUGAUAUUUCCCGAAAUGCAAAUAGGUCUGCCUUUAUGAAUUCCUUACUGAAAAGUAUCAAAGCUUUGCAAAACGAAGGCCUGUCUGUUGAAAAAGAUAAACUAAGAAUUGAUGCAAACAAAGCAAGGGAAAUGUUUGCCUACUCCGUUGAUGGUAUGUGCACGAAAAUGCGCAACAAAUUGAGCAACCCAAAAGCAGCGGGAUUGAGACACAUACUCGUCGUAGGCGGGUUUUCAGAUUCACCUGUUGUACGCGAGGCACUGAAAAAGAAUUUCAGCGACGUUUCUCUAAUCUUUCCACCUGAGCCAAGUCUUGCUGUACUGAAAGGCGCAGUUUUAUACGGUCAUAAACCGCAAAUCAUUGCCAGCAGAAUAGCGAAAUUUACAUAUGGCUUGAAGCACACUGACGACUUUGACGAAAGUAAACACAAAAAGAAGUACCGGACGAACAUCAACGGAAAACCUAUGUGCAAAAACCUUUUCCAAAUCCUUGUGAAAAAGGGUGAAACAGUGAUAAACGGACAGAGAGUAGCCAUAGAGAACCAUUCACCCCUGGAUGAACAUAACUUUAUGACAUAUGAGAUGUACCUUUGCACCAAACCACACCCGAUGUACGUUGACGAACCAGAAUGUAAAAAGCAUGGGACAGUGAGGACCCGACUGAUUCCCGGUGACAGGGAGGUUAAGGCCGUGCUUAUAAUCAAAGAUACCGAUAUGUUUAUCGAGCUGAAACACGUCAAAUCGGAAAAGUCCAAAAUAGAACGCUUUGACUUCAUGUAAUGUUUUGAAGUUUAUAAUCGUACCAAAACUGAUGAAAAAGACAAGUUGUCUCCCUUUCGAACACAGUUAAAGCAUCGUGUUUAAGCAAUCAUACCAGGACUUCUCAAGAUUACAUCAAGCCUUUUUUACUCACCAUGCAAGAAUAUCCAAAGUCACCAUAAUGCAGCACUGAACAGGAAAACUAAAGUCAGACCACAGGACACAGUUCAUGGUGUUACUGACUCAAGAUUAGUUGUAUAUGUAUUGUAUAACACUCAUAUGAUAUGUUUUAGGAACUAAUUCCAAAAUAAACGUUAUACUACUUAU